UUUUAGCAGGGCAUAAAGGCUGCACGGCUGUGUGGAAAAGAAACAAUGUAACACAGUCAAGUGAGGGCAGAAAUAUUCCAUUUACUAAAGAGGUUUACAUAAGUCUAAUGAUAUGAGAAAUGAUGAAGAUUUGCUUUAAUAUGAAUGAACUUGUUCAGGAUUGUGCACCUUUCCUGAUCACAGACACACCCAGUGAUGGAGCGCAGUUUGUUUGUGCUCACUUUAUCUUUUCUAUUUUACUGCCGUGACUCAACCCUUCCCUCUCCUCCCUCCUUGCAACAAUAUUCAUGCGCCUGUAACAGCUUUAGUUGGCCACAGCCCACCCCUCCUAGGCAUUCAUCUGGAUCUCUGCUACAUACAAGCCACUGGGAAGAUUAAAUACCGGGAACUGAAAUGGAGAAUUUAAGCUCAGCCUGCACCCACUUCUCCUUUGAUCUGUUCAGGAAGAUAAAUGAAAAUAAUGCAACAGGAAAUGUUUUCUUUUCCCCUAUAAGUAUAUCAACUGCAUUGGCUAUGGUAUUGUUAGGGGCAAGAGGAAACACCGCACAGCAAAUAUCCAGGAUUCUGCAUUUUGAUGCUGUGAAGGACCUCCAUUCAAAUUUUCAAACCCUAAAUGCUGAAAUUAACAAAAAAGACGUUUCUAGUUAUGCCUUGAAUCUGGCCAACCGGCUGUUUGGAGAAAAGUCUUUCAAAUUCCUACCAGAUUUUCUAUCAUCUGUCAAAAAACAAUACAGUGCUGACCUUGGGACUGUUGACUUUAUUUCUGCUGCAGAGGAUGCCCGAAAAGAAAUCAACACAUGGGUUUCAGAGCAAACAAAAGGUAAAAUUCCUGAAGUAUUGUCUGCAGGGGCAGUAAACAGCUUCACCAAACUAGUUUUAGUGAAUGCCAUUUACUUUAAAGGGGACUGGGCUAAAAAGUUCAAAGCUGAACACACAAAAGAUAUGCCAUUCCAGUUAAAUAAGAAGGAACAGAAGACAGUAAAAAUGAUGUACCAAAUGGAAAAACUUCCCUUUAACUACAUUCCUGAAAUAAACUGCCGGGUCUUGGAGCUGCCAUAUGUGGACUAUGAACUCAGCAUGGUUAUUGUAUUGCCAGAUAAUAUUAACGACGAUACUACUGGACUGCAGCAGCUUGAAAAGGAACUAUCUUUGGAAAAAAUCAAUGAGUGGACAGAAAAUAUGAUGCCCAUAGAUGUGCAUGUACAUCUGCCAAAGUUCAAACUGGAAGACAGUUACAAACUUAAGUCACAGUUAGCUGGGAUGGGAAUGGCUGAUCUUUUUGAAGCAGGCAGUGCAGACCUUUCUGGGAUGUCAGGAUCAAAUGAUCUCUAUUUAUCAGAAGUAAUUCACAAGUCAUUUGUGGAGGUGAAUGAGGAAGGGACAGAAGCUGCAGCUGCCUCUGCCGGAAUUGCAAUGAUGUGCCUCAUGAGGGAAGAGGAAUUUAAUGCUAACCAUCCUUUUCUGUUCUUUAUUCGUCACAAUGCAACAAAAAGCAUUCUGUUCUUUGGAAGAUACUCCUCACCAUGAAAAAAAUGAAAGGAAUUGUCUGUACACCUCAGCUUUGUCACAAAUCUUUUUGAAUUAUUUAGCAGUCCUUUGAAAUAGUUUGACCCUAGUUUUUCUUACUUUAACCAAUAAAAACAUGAUAUAAUGAUACAA